AUGCAGUCGAGUAGCCGCGAUGCGGAGGCUCCAUACCGGGGCCCGCGGGUGCUGGUGGUGGGCGGCGGCAUCGCGGGGCUGGGCGCCGCGCAGAGGCUCUACCACCAUCGGGCCUUCUCGCACUUGCGGGUCCUGGAGGCCACGGACCGCACCGGGGGCCGCAUCCGCUCGGAGCGCAAUUUCGGUGGUGUGCUGGACAUGGGUGCCCACUGGAUCCACGGCCCCUCCCAAGGCAACCCCGUGUUCCAGCUGGCCAUCGAGUACGGGCUGCUGGGGGAGAAGGAGAUGUCGGAGGAAAACCAGCUGGUGGAGUGGGGGGGCCACCUGGGCCUGCCCUUUGUGACAUUUGCCAGCUCUGGGCGCAGUGUGAGCCUGGAGCUCGUGGCCGAUGUUGCCAAUGUGUUCUACACGCUGCUGGACCAGACCCGUGAGUUCCUGCAUGUAGCCCAGACCCCCGUCCCUAGUGUGGGGGAGUACCUCAAGCAGCAGGUCUGUGAGCACAUGGCCAGCUGGACAGAAGACGAGGACACCAAGAAGCUCAAGCUGGCCAUUCUGAAUACCUUCUUCAACCUGGAGUGCUGUGUGAGCGGUGCCCCCAGCCUGGACCUGGUCGCCCUUGGGCCGUUUGGGGAGUACACCAUGCUGCCGGGGCUUGAUUGCACCUUCCAGGGUGGCUACGAGGGACUCACGAGCUGCAUAGCAGCCUCUCUGCCAAAGGACGUCCUGGUUUUCAACAAGCCCGUGAAGACGAUUCACUGGAAAGGAUCCUUCCUUGAGGAGUCGCUCCCUGGGGAGACGUUUCCGGUGUCGGUGGAGUGUGAGGACGGGGACCGCUUCCCAGCCCACCAUGUCAUCCUCACUGUGCCGUUAGGUUUUCUUAAAGAACACUUGGACACGUUCUUCUGGCCGCCGCUGCCCCCUGAGAAGGCGGAAGCAAUCAGGAAAAUGGGCUUUGGGACCAACAAUAAGAUCUUCCUGGAAUUCGAGGAGCCCUUCUGGGAGCCAGACUGCCAGCACAUACAGGUGGUGUGGGAAGGCUCUUCACCACUGGAGGACGCCAAGCCCGAGAUGCGGGAUGCCUGGGUCAGGAAGCUUGUCGGCUUUUUGGUCCUGCCCUCCUCUGGGUCUGCCCACGUCCUCUGUGGGUUCAUUGCUGGGCUUGAGUCUGAGUUUAUGGAGACCCUAUCUGACGAGGAGGUGCUUCAGUCGCUCACCCAGGUCCUCCGGAAGAUGACAGGGAACCCACAGCUGCCCGCACCCAGGAGUGUGCUGAGGUCACGCUGGCACAGCGCCCCAUAUACCCGGGGCUCCUACAGCUAUGUGGCCGUGGGCAGCACUGGGGAUGACAUCGACCUGCUGGCUCAGCCCCUGCCCGUAGACAGCAUGGAUGCCCAGCUCCAGAUACUGUUUGCUGGGGAAGCCACACAUCGGACGUUUUACUCCACCACGCAUGGGGCGUUGCUGUCGGGGUGGAGGGAGGCUGACCGGCUCAUUGGCCUGCGGGACGUGGUGGCCGAGCCCUGA